UGAACACUCGAGUGGCAGCUGGCGCUUUCUUAUAUCAAUGCGGUCGCUCCCGCUCCUCGUCUCUCAUAAUUCCACUUGCUACUUCCCACUGGCAACUGACACCAGCUGAUAUCAUACUCCCUCCUUCCUGGAGCUGAAGCAGCACUGUCUCCGUCAGGGAGACUCUUUGCUACCCCGCAGUGCAGUUGGAAAAUUCUGGCAGUACGGCGGGUAUUCGAUCGAAUCAAGCCCAUCGAGCUCGUUGUCCGCAGCAGCCCACGAGCAUCAUCGUCUUGGCUGUAUGUCCGAGCUCGCAUUGGGCUUCGUUCGGUUCGGCAUCGACUGAUUAGAGUCUGAUCUGCCCCAAGUCUACACCUCUGCUGCUGCUGCUGCUGCUGCUGCUGCACAGAGCGGAGGAGAUGGCAGCGAGUCGUAAGUUAGCCGCGUUCUACAUUUUUGUACUCGCAACAUGGGUCCUCGGCAGCUGGACGAGUGCAGCGAAGGCACAAGGAGAGCAUACAUUGUUCAACAAACAGGUGCAGGAAGCGCCUGCCACUUUCGGGACGCUUGCAGGUCAGCAGUAUUUGGGAUUCUCCUUCUACCUCCAUGACAAUCUCGACACCAGGCCAUCGUCCAGCGCAAUGACGGUGGUGCCUGCAGUGGGGUCGCUGAAUGGGAACGGAAAUCCUCACUUCUUCGGUGCGAUUGCUGUGUUCGACGAUGCCAUGACCGAAGGUCCUGACACCAACUCCAAGCUCAUGGGCAGAGGACGAGGCUUCUACGUCUUCAACGCCAUGAACGACAACGGGGCCGGUCUCGAAUUCGUCUGGACCGCAGUCUUCAACGACGCCAGUGGCUUCGGAGGCAGCACUCUCAGCUUCAAAGGCUACGACAAGAUCGACGACGCCGAGCGCGAGAUUGCCAUCACCGGAGGCACCGGCAAGUUCCGCCUCGCUCGCGGUUGGGCUACCAUCAAGACCAGCGCCGCCAAUGGAGGUGCUGCCAAGCUGUACAUCACUUGCAGUGUCUACUACGGAGCUUAGUCUCGACUGAGAAGAACGCGGGGAUGACAGCGCCUUCGAGAGCAGCACUAUUAUCACCCUGCGUGUUUUCGCCGGUCCCAGGUAUGACUUGAAUUAGACAGACAGCCGGGGAGGGGAUGCUGUGUUCCUGGGCUCUGAAGUGACUCCCAAAUGUACAGGAAGAUCUCAGUCAGUCACAUCAGCCGUCGAGGCGGCCAGCAUUUUUCCUCGUAGUAUUACAAUAGACACAGCUUGAUGCUCACUCGUUAGUACCUUCCAACCGAGGACUCAUGGUGGGAGUGAUAGAUACAUGUUCAGCCAGCCCUCAGUCGGUGCGACCAUGCGAUGCUUCCUCCGCUCGUCGAACGGAGAGUGUGUGCCCCAUGUCCCCGACAUAGUCUAACCUGCACCUCGCAGGAGAUCAGCCUAGCGAGCUGCUGCUCUGUAAAGUGACGGGGUAUAAAUUACGAGCACGUUGCAAAUUUAGUGC